GGUAGUUUGUAUAUCAAAUACUGCAAUUCAUUUAGUCAUUUGUGAUCAAUAUGAUAGUUGGAUGCAGUGGAUUUCUGCAUCUUGUUAGAAUAAGAGCAGUCUUGAGAAUUUCACACAACCCUAUUUAGAAUGUUAUAUUUUGGUGACUGUCAGUUAUUUUUGCUUAUAUCUUUCUCCAAUCCUGAUACAGUUAGUGGAGAACAUCGAGUUCAGUUUAUUCACAGUCAAAGUACCGCAAAUAUUGAGAUUCUUAAUGAAGGACAGGUGUGUGACACAGUUUUUGUAACACCAACAGCCCGUACCAUUGACAUUGCGCAUGCAUGGAUUAUGAAAAAUGCAAUUACUUUGGUGACCUCACCCGAGACAAGAGAGAAAAUAACAUCAAUGCUUAACAAGUACAUAUUUUUUGCUGACAAGGUGGAAAUUCAAGAUAUUACUAUGAAAACAAGUUUGUUUGCACUUGCAGGACCUAGAAGCCACAAAAUAAUAGAAGGAUUUGAUCUGAAGGACGUUUUAAGACUACCAUAUGGUUCACACAAGCAGUGCAUUGUGAAUGGGACCCCAAUUACUAUAGCAGUUGGAAAUAUCAUAUCUGAAGAAGGGUUUUUACUAUUGGUAUCACCAGCUAAUGCUAAAUCACUCUGGAAAUCUCUUAAAGAUCAUGGUGCGGUACCCAUGGGUUCAAAUGCAUGGGAAACGUUGAGGAUACUACAAGGAAGACCAGCACCUGGUAAAGAACUCACAGAUGAAUUUAAUGUUCUAGAGGCUAAUCUUUGGAAUGCCAUUUCUCUGGACAAAGGGUGCUACAAGGGACAAGAAACCAUUUCUAGACUUGUUACAUACAAUGGAGUCAAACAAAGAUUGUGGGGAAUUCGUCUAUCAUCCCAUGUAGAACCUGGCAGCAGCAUCUCCGUCAAUGGGGAAAAGGUUGGCAAACUUACAAGUGUCACAACUGGUGGACACGUAUCCAAACCUUUUGGGUUGGGCUAUAUCAGGAAGAGAGCUGCUUCUGAGGGUGACAUUGUGAACGUUGGGGAUGGUGUCGUUGGGACAGUGGUGGAAGUCCCUUAUCUUGGUCGUCAACGUCCCCUAUCAUCAAAGAGUUGUGUUUAAGGAAUGUAUUGAUCGAGUUUGCUGCCAUUGAUUCUGAGGUAUAGGCGUGCCGCCCCUACUCCCUCCGCUGGAGCUUUUAGACAAUUUCGGGGCGAUCCGGCUUGUGGUCCUAGACAACAACUUGGGACUUGAAAUCACAAAUUCUUCUUCUUCUUCUUCUUCUGCCGCAUCUUUCUUCAUCCUCCUUUCCUGUGUUUUCUUGUCCGAAUCCGGUGUGGAAUCCCCUUCCCUCCUUCGAGCACGAGAAGCCUGAAGAAUUCAAACGGUGGGAAAUUCAUCUUGAAACGAAUGGAAUGCGAAUUACUAUCACGAAUUAUGAUUACCCCAUAGGCGUCAUUGACGGAGGAGAAGUUGGAUUCCGGGCGGCGGAAAUAGGACCUGCUUCUCUCCACGGGGUGCAAUCUCCUUGCAAACGCCUUGUAGAUUUCGGCAAGGGACGUGACUUUUGCGAUGAUGCCAAAGAGUUUGUACGAAUGGGACGUGGUGGCCGACUUCGGGGAAUGCUGUCCCAUA